AAAUCUCCCUCCUCCUGCUUGCUUUGGUUCAUUCCGGAGUUUCGGCAGAAUGCAUCGAUUGCUGAAUGAAGAUGGCGGAUUCACGAGCGUUACUGUCAACUACUCUUUUAACUUAACAAUUAGCAUAUUUUCAGGCAUUGUGCAUUUCGUGUGGAUAGCUGUCUUUCAAAAACAUUCAUUGGCCCUUGUCUCGUAGACGGCUGCUCACGCUGAGGCCUUCUGAAGCACAAACGCAAGGACAGCACUAGUCUCCCCGGCAACUAGAGGUCUGCCUACUUGACCAACCUCCUGAGCAUUUUUCAGGCGCGUUCCUCUCGGCUGCCCCCCAAAAAUGAGCAGGUUGGGCCUCCACAGGGGGCCCUGUUCAGGGCUCAGCCCCAGCCCCGUCCACCCCCAGCCCAGACGCCUCUGAAACCACUUCCCUCACUGCAGACCUGCUAUCAGGCCCAGAUUCAACCAGCGUCUCCCGAUAACGCGUUUACGUGGGAACGCCGGAGCGCUGCGGUGUUCAGUGACAGGUGAAGGAAAGAGGAGAGAUCCUGCUGAUCCGCCAAGAGGAGUGGAGGGGAGGAGCGUGAAGAACACGGAGGUUGAAACCCAAUCCUCUUAGGCGACAGAGCUGAGGACAGUGAACCUGGGACUCUGAGAGAAAUAGCGUGCAGAGGUAAAGACAGCCCCGCGUCCCGCCGGUCAGCGCGUCGUCCAGCCGGUCAGCACGACCUCCAGCCGGUCAGCGCGUCGUCCAGCCGGGCUGCAGUUGUAGCGUCAUGGGCUAUGGGGGGGCCAUGGUGACCUAGCGUAAAUGGCUGUUCCUAAGCCCAGCUUGGCGUCAGUGUUUGCUGCUCUACCCUCCUCCCCCUUCUCCUCCGCCGUGCCUGCCUGCUGCUGUGCCCCGGUGCUCUCUGUCCCCGAGGGCGCCUCCUUCUGCUCCGCCCCCUCGCUACCUGUGUUGCGCUGCGGCCAUGGUGGCCAGCCUGUGGAAGCUCGUGCGGGGAGUCCGGCAACUGGAGCUGCAUCGCCUCAUCCUGGCUCUCAUUGUCUUCUGCCUGUUCUCCAUGGCGUUCCUGGCCUACUACGUCAGCAACAGCCCCAAGAUCAAGGAGGCCCCCCCGCUGCCCUUCAGUGACUGUGGGGGGGCGCCCGCGGCUGUUGGCGGGGGGCAGCGGGCGCCACUCUUUCUGCCUCGCUCCAAUCGGCUGCGCCAGGUGAAGGCCAUGGACAGCUCUCGUACAGACCCGGUGGUGCUGGUGUUUGUGGAGAGUAUCUACUCCCAGCUGGGCCAGGAGAUCGUGGCCAUCCUGGAGUCCAGCCGCUUCCGCUACCGCACCGAGAUCGCCCCGGGGAAGGGGGACAUGCCCACGCUGACAGAGCGCAACCGCGGCCGCUACGCCCUGGUCAUCUACGAGAACCUGCUGAAGUACGUCAACCUGGACGCCUGGAACCGCGACCUGCUGGACAAGUACUGCGUGGAGUACAGCGUCGGCAUCAUCGGCUUCUUCAAAGCCAACGAGAACUCGUUGCUCAGCGCCCAGCUCAAGGGCUUCCCCCUCUUCCUGCACUCCCACCUGGGCCUGCGAGACUAUCGGAUCAACCCCAACGCCCCGCUGCUCUACAUCACCAGACCCAACGAGGUGGAGCAGGGCCCCCUGCCAGGGGACGACUGGACCGUGUUCCAGUCCAACCACUCCACCUACGAGCCGGUCCUCCUAGCCAGUACCAAGUCGUCUGACGCCCUGGCCCACUUGGGCCCGGUCAAGGCCAUGCACGCCACCGUGGUGCAGGACCUGGGGAUCCACGACAGCAUCCAGAGGGUCCUGUUUGGGAACAACCUGUCCUACUGGCUGCACAAGCUGGUGUUUGUGGAUGCCAUCGCGUACCUGACCAGCAAGCGGCUCUGCCUGUCGCUGGAGCGCCACCUGCUGGUGGAUGUGGACGACAUCUUCGUGGGCAAGGAGGGCACGCGCAUGAAGGUGACGGAUGUAGAGGCCUUGCUCAACACUCAAAACAAGCUGCGAGUGCUGGUUCCCAAUUUCACCUUCAACCUGGGCUUUUCUGGAAAGUUCUACUACACUGGCACCGACGAGGAGGACCGGGGCGACGACAUGCUGCUAAGGCACAGGAAGGAGUUCUGGUGGUUCCCUCAUAUGUGGAGUCACAUGCAGCCCCACCUGUUCCACAAUGUCAGCGUGCUGGCAGAACAGAUGAGACUCAACAUGCUGUUUGCCCAGGAGCAUGGCAUUCCUACAGACAUGGGCUACGCUGUGGCCCCCCACCACUCAGGGGUGUACCCCGUCCACAGUCAGCUGUACGAGGCCUGGAAGUCAGUGUGGGGCAUCAAGGUGACCAGCACGGAGGAGUACCCCCACCUCAGACCUGCCCGCUACCGCCGGGGCUUCAUCCACAGUGGCAUUCAGGUUUUACCCAGGCAAACAUGUGGCCUCUUCACUCACACAAUCUUCUACAAUGAAUACCCAGGAGGUUCUAAAGAACUGGACAAGAGCAUUCGAGGAGGGGAGCUGUUCCUCACAGUCCUCCUCAACCCUAUCAGCAUCUUCAUGACUCAUCUGUCCAACUAUGGGAACGACCGGCUGGGCUUGUACACCUUUGAGUCCCUGGUGAAGUUUGUUCAGUGUUGGACCAACCUGCGCCUGCAGACCCUCCCUCCCAUGCAGCUGGCUGACAAAUACUUCCAGAUCUUCCCUGAGGAGAGAGAUCCCCUUUGGCAGAACCCAUGUCAUGACAAGAGGCAUAAAGACAUCUGGUCCAAGGAAAAGACCUGCGAUAGACUCCCGAAGUUUCUUGUUAUAGGCCCACAGAAAACAGGCACUACAGCCCUGCACUCGUUCCUGAGCCUCCACCCGGCCAUCACCAGCAGCUUCCCCAGUCCUGUCACCUUUGAGGAGAUCCAGUUCUUUAGCGGCCCCAACUACGACAACGGCAUUGACUGGUACAUGGACUUCUUCCCCUUCCCAUCCAAUGUCAGCACAGACUUCAUGUUUGAGAAAAGUGCCAACUACUUUGACACAGAGGUGGCCCCAAAGAGAGCAGCUGCCCUGCUGCCCCGGGCCAAGAUUCUGUCCGUGCUCAUCAACCCAGCAGACCGCGCCUACUCCUGGUACCAGCACCAACGGGCUCACCAAGACCCGAUGGCCAUCAACUACACGUUCCACGAGGUGGUAACAGCAGGGCCCGCCUCCUCCCGGGAGCUGCUCACCCUGCAGAGGCGCUGCCUGAAGCCUGGGGCCUACGCCACACACCUGGAGCGCUGGCUACACCACUACCAACCCAGCCAGGUGCACAUAGUGGAUGGGUCCCUGCUGCGCGCCAACCCGGCCUUGGUCAUGGAGGGCAUCCAGAGGUUCCUGGGAGUCACGCCCAUCUUCAACUACACCCAAGCUCUGAUGUACGAUGAAAGUAAAGGGUUCUGGUGUCAGAGGGUGGAAGGAGGACGGCCCAAGUGUCUGGGCAAGAGUAAAGGCAGGAAGUACCCUGACAUGAUGCCUGAGACGCGUGCAUUCCUGACGGAGCAUUACCGGGAGCACAACAUGGAGAUGCUCAGGCUGCUGAACCGGCUGGGACAGCCCCUGCCUGCCUGGCUGAGAGAGGAGCUGCAGAGCUCCAGCUGGAGCUGAGACUGGAGCCACCUACGAAACCACAGCCUGGACUGAAGCAUGGCCCGGCCCGGGGGGGGGAUGGGGGGGUGGGGGGGAGCAGGCGCUGUAUACCCAAACCAACACCAGUCACUACAGAGGGUGGGGGAGGAGCAAAGGCAGGAGGUCAUCCCCCUAUCAGGACAAUGGACUCCUCCACCCCAAACGCCACUGUAGCAACCAAACCUCACGGGAGGGGUAUAAUGGCCUGUAAUAAGGGAACUGAGUUGGAGCGCUGAGACGACCCUCCCUCUUCUCCCUCGCACAUCAUCUUCACCCUGAAAGUAGAGGUUUGCUCAGUCUGCCAUCGUUUGGACCAGCGCCAGUGUCUGUCAGACUCAGAGGGGUUGGGAUAUAAUCUCAUGUCUUUCCCGUCUUCAACAGGAAACUGAUUGAUCCUGGAGCGGAUCAAUGAGCCCGGCACACACUUGUCAUUUCUUUGGAAGAAUGAUUGUAAAACGUUGUACAUUUUAAAGCUGUUGUAUAUUUUGGGCGGGUGGGAAAUGAGACAGAAUAGACAUGGACCAAACCGGGCAGCGUACUGCAAUGCUCUGGACUGGAGUCCUGUGGAGGUGCAUCACAAGCCACAGCUCCUCCGGUGUAUCUCUCUGCCUUCCCCGAGCCCAAAGCAGAGGGCGCUGGAGUAUAUCCUGAUUAAACAACUCCCAACUCCCAGUCCACAGAAAACCACCACACUUAAACCAUGCACUUUGUGGCUCACUCUCACAUUGGUACCCAGUCAGUUUAGAGCUCUCCGUUUAGAGCUCUCCGUUUAGAGCUCUCCGUUUAGAGCUCUGUUUAGAGCUCUCAGUAUAGAGCUGUGUGGACAGAAGGCCAGUUGGAGAGAGAGGCUUUAUCCGGUCUCUACCUGGGAGUGUACCUCGUAACAGGAGCUGCUGUCUUGUUUUGUUUUUUGUUUAUUUUGUCAAAACGUUAAAAAACAAAGACAAACGCUGUAUCAUCUCUAAUAAACUCAGAGGAUGGAAUG